AACUGUUGUACAAGUUGUAUAAACGAAUGGCAGAGAAUUAUGCUUAUUUUGGUAGGAAUUCUGAAUGGAGAAUGCCUUUAGACGUAACAUUCGACAAUUCAGUCCGAGGUACGAGUAACUUCGUCUCCGUUGUUGAUAUGUGAAGAGAAAUCGAGGUAAUCGAAUCGUUUUCAGUGUAAAUAUUAAUAUGUUGGUGUGUCUCCUCAUUGUCGGCUUGGCUUAUUUAGUGUUUUCGAAGUUCAUCAGACCUGUGCUCUAUUGGAAAAAGAAAAACAUUUUUUAUGUUACACCGUGGAAAGGAUUCCUUCGGGUACUCUUUGGUCCAAAAUCUUUUUUUGAAUUGAUUGUAGAAGCGUAUAGGAGAUUCCCAGAAAAGAGAUAUUAUGGAAGUUACCAGUUCCUGAAUCCAUCUCUAUUCGUGACAGAUCUCGAUCUCAUAAAGCAAAUAACUGUUAAAGACUUCGAAUACUUUCCAGAUCAUUUCUCGUUUGUUAACCGGAAAUCCGAUCCAAUCCUAGGGCAGAAUCUAUUUGCUUUGGAAGGGGAACGAUGGAAGGAUAUGAGAUCGACCCUAUCACCAGCUUUCACCAGUUCCAAAAUGAAGGCAAUGUACACAUUGAUACAAGGUAAAUAUUCAACAUAUGACAGUGGAACUGAAAUAUAUGUGUAAGUAGUAUGGAGUGGU